AUGAUGUCUAGGAUUUUCGACCCAUAUGGAGUUCUUGGGUUAUAUGCCUCAGAUGUUCCAUUUGUUGUAAAGUAUAUCCCAAAUUCUGGAGCGUAUUAUGCUGUGGUUCCUACUGGAGAAAGGUUUAAUUUAUAUAAACUUCCGAGGUUGACUUUGGUUGGAACGAGUGACCCUGUUGAAUCGCCUAUCAGAUCUUUCACUUCAUGUGGCGAUACUUUGAUCGCUGCUGCUGGGAAAACGAUAUACUUAUUCCGCAAUUCCCGUUAUUUGCUUAAGAAAUUCCAGGUGCAUUCAAGCGAAAUAACUUUCUUGUGCUCUCUUCAGAAUCAUUUUCUCCUAUCAGUGGAUGAAAGUGGUGCUGUAAAAGCAUGGGACACUAGGACCUUGGUGGUUGUUUCCGAAAUUGAAUUUUCUCCUAAAUCGUUUUGUAUAACAUCCGUGAUUCACCUUCUCAACUACAAAAAUAAAGUCCUAUUUGGCAGUUCCCAGGGUCCUUUACAGUUGUGGAAUGUUGUAUCUCACAAGUUGCUCUAUUGGUUCAAAGGUUUCGAUUCAUCGGUGACCUGCCUGCAGCAGGCUCCGGCAGUUGAUGUUUGUGCCAUAGGUCUUGCUGAUGGUCGGAUUGUUAUUCACAACUUGAAGUAUGACGUGACGCUCUUGAACUUUGCUCAAGAUGGCGGGGCUAUCACAUCUAUUGGUUUCAGGAGUGGCUCACAUGGUCUGCAAAAUCCUUCCAAUAUUGACGAAAAGAGUAGUGCCAUCCUGUUACCUGAUCAAAAUAAUAAUGAUGUUUAUUUAAUAACUGGUUGUGAGACGGGAUAUAUCAACUGCUGGCAGCUUAAAGAGAACGGCAAAAGUCGGGCAGUCGGUCAAGCGCGUAACUUACACUGGGGGAGUGUGACAACAAUAUAUUGUAUACCUGGAGGUGAUGCUGCCAGUGCUAUGGUUACAUCUGGGGCAGACAAUUGCAUUAAGGUGUCAUACUUUGAUCGACCUGAUGGUGGUCCACGUACGGUAUAUCGUCGAGUUGGUCACUCUCGACCUCCAAGUCGUGUAUUAUUUUGGCCUGGAAGUCCAGCAGGUGGCGCACUUCUACUCAGCGCUGGAAAAGAUGGUGUUCUUCGCAUAUUCUCAACAUCCAAUGAAUAUAUGGAUAAAAGCCUUGGAUGUGCAUAUGCUCCUGGAGUCCCAGAUCGCCGUAAAGCUACUCGUGAACAACGGUCACCAUGGUUAUUGCCUGAGGUCGUUCACCUGGCUGCGUGUGCAACACGCGCUGAGGCAUGGGAUAGCGUAAUUGCAGUCCAUAAUGGUAAACGGCAAGUGACAAGUUGGAAUUUUAUGAAAGCUACUCGAGGUCAGCAUUGGUUCGAUCCAUCGAAAUUCCAUGGUUGUGGUGGUGAAGCGAACCGAUUGUACAAGAAAACAGUUGCUACUUGCACCUAUUUGACCAUUUGUGGUAAUUAUGUUUUAAUCGGUUAUUCAAAUGGAGAUGUCUACAAGUUUAAUAUGCAGUCUGGUCUAGAACGUGGUUCAUACGGUUCACCAACUGCUCAUGCUUAUUCAGUUGUUGGAUUGGCCGUUAAUAAUGUGAAUCGUGUCACAGUAACAGUUGGUGGAAGUGAAGUUCGGUUUUGGUCAUUUAAUGAGCAUAAGCUGAUUGGACAACUUGAUCUUCCGUCAACAUCUUUGUUAGUCAGAUUUCAUGCAGACAGUGAUGUACUGGCCACUGCUCUAUCAAAUGCUGCUAUCAUCCUAAUUGAUGUAUUACACCGACAAAUCAUUCGUACUUUUGUGAAUUCUGAAGUUCAGCUUUGUGUUGAUAUGAACUUUUCAUACGAUGGUCGAUGGCUGGUUUCUGCACAUCAUGGAGAUCCACUAAUAAAAACAUGGGAUAUUGUCGAUAGUAAAUUGAUAGACUGUUUUCGUGUAGAACUUCCAAUCACUUCCAUUGCUUUGUCGAGAAUGAAUGAGUUUUUGGCUACAACUCAUGCAAAUUGCCUUGGUAUCUAUUUGUGGGAUAAUCGUGCUACCUAUAAAUGCCUACACCUUCAACCUUUACCUAUUGACUAUGUGCCAGGUGAAAAUCGAUCACCAGUUUCAUUACCAACCAGAGUAAUGAUGACACGGAAUACCAGUGAUGAGAUUGAGCUAGGAAUGCUCACAGAAGAAAAUGAAUUCAUGCAACAAGAGGAUACAGAUGGUCCAUCGACUGAAGAGUCCACGGAACACGUCUACAUAUCUCCUGAGCAACUUCAUGGGCAUCUUUUGACACUCUCGGGAGUCCCAUCCUCCUAUUUUACCACACUUUUAAAUUUGAAUUUUAUCCGAGAACGUAAUCGUCAGGCUGCAAGAUAUUAUUUGAAUACCGGUUCCACAAUAGACGGUACAUCAAGUGUUGCAAACUCUAAGAACCUACCCUUCUUCCUACCAGUAGUUGAGACAAAUAAAGGUUUGGUUUGGGCUGAAGAUGAUGACGCUGAGUCACUGACCAAACAACUGAUCGGUAAAAAAUCUAAUAAACCACGUGGACUGUUGGAUAAAGAUUUUGCUUAUGCAAUGGAACCGAUACGUGACCUAUCUGCGAAACUAAUUCGGGCGAAAUCAAACAAAGAAUUCGAUCAAAUCACUCAUAUCCUUAAAUCAGUUGGUCCGAAUGCAUUGGAUUUAGAAAUAUGUAUGCUUAUCCCCUCAGCUGAAGAUGAAGCGGUUUGUUCAGACAAUCCACAAACAACAACAAAACUCUAUGGUCAUUUAGCCAGUUCAUAUGAAAAACUGCAUGGAUUUCUACGAUUCCUAAUUAACCGAUUCCAGUCCAAUCGAGAUGUUGACUUUGCAUGCGUUUGCUUGGAAAUCCUUCUUCACCGACAUAAUGAUAUUCUCUUUCGACAUAGUCGUAAUCAACACAAUGCACACAAUACAAAAUUGUAUCAUGAUGAGACAGUUGGACAAUGCCUGCUAGCCAAUGACAACCGUAUAGAAGAAGACGAAGACCUGGGAUCGUCAUCGCCAUCAUCCUACUCGACUACAUUAAAUUUGAUUAAACAGGCUAUAAAGUCUAAAGAAAAAUCUCAAGUGGAAUUGACAAAUCGUGUAACUCAAUCAUUAUGCUUAGUUGAUUUCAUACGUAAUCCUGUGACCGCCUUACAGCUCUGA